AUGGCGGCUGCUGCUACUACCCCGGAUUUCAUCAAUAUUCCCCGCAUUGAUUUGUCGCUACCUGACCAUGACCAGCUUCUGAGUGAUCUCCGAUAUGCUCUCACAGAGGUCGGGUUCCUCUACAUUGAGAACCACGGCGUUCCCACCAACCUGAUAUCGGAUCUCAAAAACGCACUCCCGCGCCUCUUUUCUAUCCCUCCAGAGUCCAAGGCGGAGGUCGCCCUCGAGAAGUCACCCCAUUUCCUUGGCUACAGCGGCGAUGGUGCCGAGACGACGGCAGGCAAAUCCGACCGCAGAGAGCAGUUUGAAUUCGCGACAGAGCUGGAUGCAACUUGGAAGGAAGGGCUACCUCUUCGUGAACGAUUACGAGGGCCAAAUUCUUGGCCAUCAGCGUACCCAGAGUUACGUCCUAUCGUGGAGACGUACAUCCGUGAAUUGACUGCCCUCGGCGAGCGCUUCCUCCGCCUCGUAGCCGAGGCUCUCUUCCUCCCCCAAGAUACAUUCCUCCCAUUCCUCUCUGACCAGCACCGCCUCAAGCUCGUCCACUACCCUGCGCUUGAGGAUCCCGGCGACGAGAGCCAGGGUGUAGGACCGCACAAGGAUAGCUCCGGGUGGUGGACGUUCCUCCUCCAGGCCUCGCCCCCGCACAUCAAGGGGCUCCAGGUGCUGAACAAGAGCGGCAACUGGGUGGACGUGCCCGUGAUCCCGGGCUCUCUGGUCGUCAACAUCGGCCAGGCGUUCGAGGUGGUCACGCACGGCGUGUGCAAGGCGACGACGCACCGCGUGCUGGGCGGUUCUCUGGAGCGGUUCAGCGUGCCUUUCUUCCAGGGGGUGAGGCGUGACCUUACCAAGGCGGAGGCUCUGGAUCCGCUGAGGGAGCAUUUCCUCAAGCGACCCGAGUUUCGGUAUCAACAGGGUAGCGUGGCUUCAGAGUCUGACGAGGGGAGGGGUGUUGAUUCUGCGUUCCUUAAGGGCAAGUAUGAUACUUGGGGCGAGAGCCAGCUGCGGACAAAGAUCCGCAGCCACCGGGAUGUUGGCAAGAGGUUCUACGGAGAUGUGUUUGAGAGAUAUGUCAACGAUGGCUAA